AUGGCGGAAACAACAGCGACACCGACACAGCCGGUAGAGAAGGUAUCGGAUGUGAUAAAGAAUUAUAGACCUGCGAAGGCAUUCAAAGGUAACCCAAAAGCUGAUAAGCAAGUCAAUGUCACUUCGCUGGACUUUGAUGAUCAGGGCGACUAUCUAGUUGCGUCCGGCGACGAUGAAAUGAUCCAGGUUUUCGACGUGAAGGAGGGGAAAUCCACGAAGACUGUUCCCAGCAAGAAGUAUGGCGUACACCUUGCUAGGUUUACCCAUCACUCACGGCAGAUUCUUCAUGCUAGUACAAAGCUCGACGAUUCACUCCGAUUACUCGACCUUCACAACGAGAGCUACCUUCGGUAUUUCACUGGCCAUACGGAUAAAGUGGUUUCCCUCGCCGUGUCUCCCGGGACCGAUGCAUUCCUAUCUUGCUCCAAAGAUGAUACCGUUGCUUUUUGGGAUCUUAACUCCAGGAAUGCUCAGGGUAAACUCAAGCUGGCUACUCCGUACCUUGCGGCAUUCGACCCGUCCGGAAGUGUCAUUGCUAUCGCUUCACAAUCUACUUCAUUUGUCCUAUUAUAUGAUUUCCGAAACUAUGACAAAGCACCUUUCGCGUCAUUUGAUCUCUCCCCUCUUGAAGAUAGAUAUACCCCAACUACCAAAGGGCGUGCCUGGACCCGUCUGGAAUUCUCCAAUGAUGGGAAAAGUCUACUAAUCGGGACGGAUUACCAUGGCCAUUUCGUUCUUGAUGCAUUUGAGGGUCACCUAAAGGCUUUUUUGGUUGGUAAGCAAGGACCGACGGGCCGUGCCGCGCCAGUUUCUACAACUGGGAAGCCCCCAGGCCAAGGGGACGUAUGUUUCACCCCCGAUGGGCGAUAUGCAAUAGGAGGCGCGGGAGAGCAGCCGGAUACAUUGGUCUGGGAUCUACAUCAACCUCCAGAUGCAAAAUUUUUCCUUGAACCAAUGACCCACCUACCUUACUAUCGGUCACGGACUACGCUAGUUCAGACAAACCCUCGAUACAACAUGUUUGCAACAGCGGAUAAGGAAAUCGUUUUCUGGCUCCCAGAAGACCCUGCAAAAAUGCCUGAAAAGUGA